CUGAAAUGCGUAGUUUGAGUAGAUUCCUUUUUCGCAGACCUUAAUUAUGGAUAAAUCGAUAUGGAAUUCCUUUACGAUAGAAAUGCAUUCAUGGAUUUAGUAGUAGUAGUAGUAAUAUGUUUUUGAAGUUUAAUAUAGGCUAGAAUAAUAAUAACUCUAAUAUAAAAUUGAAAACUAUCCCACUUUAAAAUUACUAAUGUAAUGUUGAUGAGAAUGACUCUAAAACCAACCCUACUGAUUUUUGUCUGUUUAGUUCAGUCCAGCCUAUUUUUCCAAAUAAUUAAAUGAACUGCCAAAUAAAGAUAGGAAAUCUAAAACGUAUUACAAAACCACUUCUUUAUACAAUAAUUUCACCUAAUAAUGGAGAAAUCUUUACCAUUGGGAUUGCUUUGAGUAAAUAGGUUGAAAAAAGUUUAAAUACCGAACUUAAAGUUAUAGAGUAAAGAGAUGUAAAUGGAAAUAUUCUGAUAAAUGAUCCAAUGAGCAAUACAUUUAAUUUAGAUAUAAUUUCAAAGUCUGUAAAUGUUUAAAGCAAUAAGAUAGAAAAAUUACCGAUACAAAAUAAUAAAAAUAGAAAUGACUCCAGAUGGUAUAUUUGCUCAAGGAAUACCAUAUAAAGAUAGACCUCUCACUUAAGCAGAAUAAUAGAUUGACAUUAAGAAUGAAGUUCAAUAGAUAAGUUCUCUUGUAUUUUAGAUAAGAAAAUCAGCUUAAAUUGAUAGAAUUGAAGCAUUUACAGAUGUUAAACAAACACUUCUAGAAUCAAGUGAAAAAUUAACACCAACAAAAAUAGAUGAAUUGGUAUAUUAAGUUGCUGCUGGUCUUUCAAAAUUACAAACUAAUAAUUUAAAAUUAAAUACAUCUUAAUUCGUCUAAUAAUUAUUAGAGAGUUAAUCAUAUGUUGAAAGAUUAUUUAUAUUAAGAAAAUAAUUAGAAAAUAUGUCAGGAGUUUUAGAUUUAGUAAAUAAACAUUUUAAAGAAUCAGAUUCAUCCUUAUUGAAAUUACAUUAAUAAACAUUGGCUAAAUUAGCAACAGAAUACAUUAGAUAGAAUUAUUUAAAGGAUGCAACUACAUCAUCUUCUUAUGGUGGAUCAACUGGAUCAUAAUCUUAAGUUGGAGAAAAGGUUUGAAUUUAUAUAAUUUAGUAAAAAUAAUCGGUUUUAGUUAAGAAAUAUUAAGAUAGACUUUCUUUGAUUCCAGAUGAAGCAUCGAGAGAUAAAGUGAAAAAAGAAAUUGAAAGAUUUAGUCUUCUUGAUAAACAAAGUUCAGAAUUCCAUAAGAUUAAUUCUUAUUUAGAUGAAGUUUUUAGUAUUCCAUUUUCUAAAUUUACUGUAAUAAAAAUAGUUAAUAUUUUUAGGCAGUUUAAUGGGAUGUAUAAUAUGCAAAAGAAGUUCUUAAUAAUGAAAUUGAGGGAUUAGAAAAAGUUAAAGAAAGAAUAAUUGAAAUGAUAUCAGUUAAUAAAUUAAAGAAUGCAGGUUAAAAAGCAAAAGGAUUUAUUCUACUUUUGAAUGGUCCUCCAGGAACUGGUAAAACAUCUAUAGCAAAGAGUAUUGCCAAGGCAUUAAAAAGAAAUUCAAGAUUUAUAUCUUGUGCAGGAGUUGCUGAUUCAACAUUCUUUAAGGGACAUAAAAGAACUUAUGUUGAUUCUAUGCCAGGCGUUUUUAUUAGAGAACUUAUUAAAUCAAAUACUAUGAAUCCUGUCUUUAUUUUAGAUGAAUUAGAUAAAGUUUCAAAACAUCAAGCUGGUGGUGCUGAUCCAUAUUAUACUUUAUUAGAGAUUUUAAAUCCUGAAGAAAAUCAUAAUUUUACUGAUCAUUAUAUGGAUAUAAGUGUAGAUUUUUCUCAUGUAAUAUUUAUUUUAACAUCAAAUGACACAUUAUAAAUGUUGGAACCACUUAAAAAUAGAUUAGAAACUAUUGAUAUUUAAGCAUAUAUUUAAGAAGAAAAACUAUAAAUUGCUAAUAAUUUUCUUGUAAAUAAAAGUAUCGAAAGUAAUGGUAUAAAAUAAUCAAUGAUAAAAUAUGAUAAUGAAACACUUAUCAAAAUAAUCAAAGCUUGGUGUUAUUAGGAGAGUGGAGUUAGAGAAUUAAAAAGAUGUUUAGAAAAAAUUGCAAGAAAACAUGCAACUAAUUUAUUAAUUGCUAAUCCUAAUUUAUGUGAAAAAGUAGAUGAAUUAAAUUAAAUUUAGUUUGAUCCUACAAUUUAAAGUCUAGAUUUAACAAAAGAUAAAAAUUUAGAACUUAUUUCUUAAUAUUUAGGUCCUCCUAUUUUUGAUAUUCAAUUAGAAUAAAGAUCAAUUAAAAAGUUUCCACCUGGUUAAGUUAAUAUUCUAACAGUAGGAGGAAUGAUUGGUCAUGUUUUAACAGUUGAAAGUUGUUUUGAUGAAAGUGAAGUUGAGAAAAAAGGAUAAAUUAUAGCAUCUGGAAAUAUUAAAUUAGUUUUAUAAGAAUCUUUAAAGUUAGCUAAAAUUAAUGCUUAUAAAUAUCUUAAUGAAGAAUAAAAAUAAUCAUUAUCGAAAAAAGCUAUUCAUAUGCAUUUUACAGAAGGAGCUACUCCAAAAGAUGGACCAUCAGCAGGAACAGCUAUAACAACUGCCUUAAUAAGUUUAGUUACUAACUUUACUGUUCCUAGUAACUUAGCUAUGACUGGAGAAAUCUCUUUAAAUGGUCAAGUCUGUAAAAUUGGUAUUCUAUAUUAUUAUCUAAGGUGGUCUCUAAUAAAAACUUAUUGCUGCAAAAACACUUGAUAUUGUAGAUAUCAUUUUACCUUAUGCUAAUUUAGGGGAUGCUUUAAAUUUACCAACCUAAUUAUUAAAAGGACUUAAUCUAUAUUUCGUUACUGACUAUCAAUAAAUUUAUGAUUUGAUUUUUGAUUAAUAGAUUGGAAAUGUUAAUUAUACAAUUAAUACAAUUAAGAAUGGAAUAUAUGAAACAAUUUAAAAUAGAUCAAAAGAGUAAAUAUAAUAAUCAAUUAAUUGUUGA